AUUCCAAUUUUGGAAAAAAAUCAAAAUUUUCGGUUUUCGGUGCAAAAAAGAGAACAUUUUCGUUGAAAAUUUCGACUAAUUAACGAUUAUUAAUCAUUUAAAUAAAGUACUAUGUAAUAACCUCGAUUACAAUCAGUUUCGUAUCUCAAACUUGUCAAUUCUUCGACCAAAAAAAUGAUUCUAUCCAAGAGCAUAUUACUCACAAGAAACACAUUCUUGUCGGCCUGCAAACUUCACAAGCUUCACUCUUGCAACUUUCACAUCUUACAAGCACCUCUGACUCGUUUGAAUAGAGUCAAUGUAUCGGCCGAACCAUUGAUAUUGAGCGUAAUCUAUCGACUGGAAAGCUCUCAAGCACCGGUAAUCAAAGAUGCUAUAUUAACUUUACCGAAAACCGACCCAGUAGCAGCUACAGCAGCAGUUAGCGAUGGUCUACCAGCGAUACCAGUUCCAGGAGUGGAUGUAGAAAUUGUAACUGCGGCUGCAUCUCAAUUACCUGAGAUAAUCGCCGAAGCUGUAGUUCCUUUGAAUAAACUCGGCGAACCGACUCUAGAAUCGAUCGGAUUGGGUAGCUAUUUCACUCCAAUCGGUUGGGUUCAACAUUGGCUGGAAUUUCUCCAUGUGUCUUUCAAUUUACCUUGGUGGGGAGCGAUUGCAACGACUGUGGUAUUGUUUAGAAUGCUUCUGUUCCCAUUGGUAAUACAGGCUCAAAGGAAUGCAGUCAAAAUGCAUAAUGUUAUGCCUUUAAUGAUGGAGGCUCAACAAGACUUGCAAGCUGCCAGAGUCAGCGGCAAUCAAUUGGAAGCUUUGAAAGCUGGUCAAAAGUUAUCUAAUGUGAUGACCGAACAUAAAGUUAAUCCUUUGAAAAGUUUCGUACUCCCAAUGAUACAAGCUCCGGUAUUUAUAUCAUUUUUCUUCGCGUUAAAAAAAAUGUCCAGCGUUCCUGUCGAAAGCAUGACGACCGGAGGAGCUCUGUGGUUCGUUGAUUUGACUAUUCCAGAUCAAUAUUACCUAUUACCAUUGAUAACUUCGGCUACAUUGUACGCUAUCAUCGAGGUUGGCGUAGACACCGGUAAAAUAUCAAUGGGAAGUGAAUUUUCGCGAUAUAUUAACUUCGGAAUGAAAUUCAUACCUGUCAUCGCGUUUCCCUUCAUGAUGGGCUUUCCUUCGGGCGUCUGUAUAUACUGGAUGACGACGAAUUUCGCAUCACUGACUCAAGUCGCUUUCCUGAAAAUACCAGCGGUCAGAGAAUACUUUGAAAUAGAGGUAAAAAAAAAGCACGAGAAAACGGUAUUGAAUAAAAAUAAAAAAGGAAUAGUUAAAGAUUUUAAAUCUUCAAUUUCGAAUAUGAGAAUCGCCAAAGACAUCUCAGACAGAGACCGUUUAGAUCAAGCUAGUUUCGCUCGAGCUGGAAGAUUACCACCGGCUAAAACAUUCAAACAUAAUCCUAUCAUGGUGAAUAAAGAAGUCGAUAAUAAGAAGAAAUUCUCCCUUAAAUAGACGGGCAUUUCGUCUCGACUCUAGCCCCGCGAACAUUCGUAGUCUUUUUUAUAAAUUUUUGUCUGUCCCUUACCCUGUUUCUCCUCGUACGCCGUUCAACUGUUAUUUUUUAAUAAAAAUGUCGUUUUUUGUUUUACGA